UAAUAUUAACCAAUGCUUAACCAAUGAAUAUGUGUUCGCCGUCUCUCUUCGUUCUCCUAGAGAGAGAGAGAGAGAGAGAGCAUAUGGGCGUGAAUUUUCCAGGCACCAGCUCCUCCAGGCUGAAUUGCAACUCCCAAAAUAGCAACACUGCGAAUUCUGGAUCCUCUGAGAAAAAAAUGGCUGAAGUAGUUUCACCAAUAACUCGACAAGUAACUAAAGGAAGCCAGGAAAAUGUGACCUGUUUUGUGGAUAUUAAUCUCAGAGACGUCGAAGACUGUUUAAUUUACGACCGGCAUGGAGUUUCUAUUCCGUUCAAGACCCUAUACCAAGACAGGAAAUCGGUCAUAAUUUUUGUGCGGAAUUUCUUGUGCUACAGCUGUAAAGAGUAUGUUGAUGAUUUGGGAAAAAUACCCAGAGAAGUACUGGAGGAUGCUGAAAUUAGACUGGUCGUGAUAGGUCAGUCCGCUUAUCAUCACAUAAAGUCGUUCUGCUUGCUCACGGAGUAUCCUUAUGAAAUAUAUGUGGACCCAGAGAGGCGCAUUUACCAAAAGCUGGGGAUGAAGAGAGUGGAGACAUUCACAGACUCUGCACAGCCUAGUCCCCAUGUGAAGUCUGGCGUUUUUAUGGGCCAAAUCAAGACUAUAUGGAGAGCCAUGACUAGUCCUGCCUUUGAUUUUCAGGGUGACCUACAUCAACAAGGUGGAGCCAUCAUUGCAGGACCUGGCUCCAAAGUCCAUUUUUCCCAUCUUGACAUGAACCGCCUGGACCACAUGCCCAUCAACUGGCUCCUUCAGCUUGCAGGAGCUCAGCAAACGAUUGACUUCAGCGAUAAGCCGAAAAUCAUUCACAUCUAGUUAGGUGCCUGCCUGAAAGUGUGUUUCAUCCCACGUCACUGCUGUAAUCACACAUGGAGUGUAUAUACAAUCAGCUCCAAACUCUAAGACGACUAAAUGAGUUUCUGUUGCUUCUGUUUUGCAUUUGAAUUCAACUUGAUUGACAAAUAGUAUAUUACAAUGACUUUAUCAGCUUAACACACCCCUCUCUCCUCUUCCCUCAACUGUCUUGGCUUUAAUAACAACACUCAAACUGAAAGUGCAUGCGGCAAGUUUGUACAGAAACCGAUAAGGCAUGUUUUCCUGGCACGAUCUGAAAGUGUUCCAAAUAUCUUCUUGAGAAAUCAGUGAAUGCUUGGCCUUUGCAGUGUCCCCUUUAAAUGUUCAGCAGGGCUGAGGUCCAAUCACUGUGGAGGAAAAAGUCUAUGUCAGCCAGCACUCUUUAUUCGUAGUCUUAUAUAGUUUUCAAGUAGUUCUUGCAAAACUUUGACAAAUAAGACAACACGUCUAAUUUGUCAUUCUCUUUGUCCAACUCUAUAGACAACCCUCCCAGAACUGAAUAUUUAUGUUCUGUUUGUCUUCUUAAAUGCACCAUUAUGUUACAGACAGAAAUCUCUAACUUGGAUUCAUCAUUACAUUGAUUUUUUUCCCCAGUCGUCUACUGUUAAGUUACAUUACUGUUGUGGAUAGACAAAUUGCAGCAAGAAGAGUUUUAUCCGUAACAAAUAUUUCAGUCCCAGCAUUCCCAAGUCUGUUAUUUAUUUCAAGGCUAGACACUGAACUGACCAAAUUGCCAAAAACUUGGGAGAGGUUAGAAUCACUGGCCUUGCAAAUAGUACAGUUUCAUUAAAAAAAAUGCACUACUGGCAUUGUCCAGUGUCUCCAAUCACAUGUCAAGAACUGAUGAUGGUUGUUCUUGAUGCAGGAGGAUUUUCUCUGUUUUCAGUCUGUGGUCUGAAACAGCAGUAAACCCUUAUAUUCCAGUGUGUUUUGUGGUAUAAUUAUGUGCCUGUUUUGUAGUGAUAAGACUGAAUAGCAGCUGUUGCACUGAUUUUACUACCUUGUCACAUUCCCAUUGCAAUCUGCAAAGUUUAUUAUAUUGUAAAU